CUUACUUUUCAUUUUUAUUACAAUAUCAGUUGAGUCUUAAUUGACUAAAAAUUUUCUCAUUCAUCCAACUAUCAUCCCAAAAAUUUAUUAAUGGAGGAAGAACGUUACGAAAUAUUGAAGGAUCUUGGUUCAGGGAACUUUGGUGUGGCUAAGUUGGCCAAACACAUCAACACUGGAGAGCUUGUGGCUAUCAAAUACAUUGAAAGAGGAUAUAAGAUUAAUGAGAAUGUUCAAAGGGAAAUAAUUAACCAUCAAUGUUUAAAGCAUCCAAAUAUCAUCAAGUUCAAAGAGGUAUUUGUAACACCUACUCAUUUGGCUAUUGUUCUUGAGUAUGCUGCUGGUGGUGAGCUUUUUGAUAGGAUAUAUUCCGCUGGACGAUUCAGCGAAGACGAGGCAAGAUAUUUCUUCCAGCAACUAAUAUCCGGAGUUAACUACUGUCAUUCUAUGCAAAUUUGUCACAGAGACUUGAAAUUGGAAAACAUUCUAUUGGAUGGAAAUCCAGCACCUCGACUUAAGAUAUGCGACUUUGGUUUUUCCAAGUCUGCUUUACUCCAUUCUCAACCUAAAUCAAUGGUUGGAACACCUGCAUACGUUGCACCUGAGGUUUUGUCUCGAAAAGAGUAUGAUGGAAAGGUUGCAGAUAUAUGGUCAUGUGGUGUAACUCUUUAUGUCAUGCUAGUUGGAUCAUAUCCAUUUGAAGAACCAGAUGAUCCUAAAAAUUUCAGAAAAAAUAUUGCGAAAAUAAUGAAUGUUGAAUAUUCUAUACCUGACUAUGUACAUAUAUCUUCGGACUGUAGGCAACUUUUGUCUCGUAUUUUUGUUGCCAAUCCAGCUAAGAGGAUUAUGAUGUUAGAGAUAAAACAACACCCUUGGUUUCGGAAGAACUUGCCUAGAGAAUUAGUUGAGGGUGAUAGAAAAUGGUACAAGAAAACAGAAAAUGAACAAAUGCCAAGACAAAGUGUGGAAGAAAUCACGAAGAUUGUAAGAGAAGCAAUGAUUCCAUGUUCAUGUGCAUUGGAUGUUGCUUAUGUUGAUGAGAUUCAAGAGAUUCAAGAGUAACUAUAUGUGACCAAUUUAUGUAUUGUUAUGUGGCAUUCUAUAUGUUUUGGACACAAAAAGACUAUCUUAAAUAAAACAUAAGGUUCAGAAGAAGAAUAAAAGUGAGGUAUUUUUUUUAGGAAUGUUGUUUUGUGUUUGUGAUUAGAAUAUCUUUUAUAGUUUGUGUUUUAAUAAAGAUUUUUUUUAAUUUAA